AUGGCUGAAGUCGACGUGAGCUUCGGCCUUGAGUUGAAGGACGGCUUCAAACCCGUCAACACCUGGGUCUCCAACGGCAUCGCAUGGCUCGAAGACAUCCAGCAGUUCUACCGCGAACGCAGCGCCAUCGAGAAGGAAUACAGCCAGAAGCUGAGCGCACUCGCCAAGAAGUACUAUGAGAGGAAGGCCAAGAAGAGCAGCAGUCUGAGCGUCGGCGACACUCCCACCGUGACUCCCGGAUCGCUGGAAAGCGCUUCCAUGACCACAUGGGGCGUCCACCUUUCCACUCUAGAGAGCAGAGCGGCCGAGCACGACAAGCUCUCAAACGCUUUGAUAUCCUCUCUCGCCGAGCCUCUGAAGCAUCUUGCGGCCAAAUACGAGGACCUGCGCAAAUCGCAUGCCGAAUAUGCGGCCAAGCUUGAGAAGGAGAGGGAUACUAGCUACGCGGAUCUGAGGAAGACCAAAGGCAAAUAUGACAAUGUCUGCCAGGAGGUGGAGAACAAGCGCAAGAAGACAGAGAGCAGCUUUGACCAUGGCAAACAAAAAGCGCAGACGGCGUUCCAACAGCAGCAGAUGGAGAUGCGAAAUACCAAGAACACCUAUCUCAUUGCUAUCAAUGUCACCAACAAGCAGAAGGAGCGCUACUAUCACGAGUAUGUUCCGGAGCUUCUAGAUGUAAGACUUCCACCCGCUCUAUCACUGCAUAUCACCAUACUGACAUUCCACUCCUCAAGUCCUUACAAGCCCUGUCAGAGACUCGGACUACAGCUUUGAAUGGUCUCUGGAGCACCGCAUCAUCCUUGGAGACGCAGACUAUGACCCGAUCGACCCAAUUGAUGGAACACCUCAGCUCGGAGAUUCCUCGCAACAACCCGGUGUUGGAUAGCAUGAUGUUUGUAAGACACAAUGCCAUUCAAUGGCAAGACCCAGCAGACUUCGCAUUUGAGCCCUCUCCGGUCUGGCUUGACGAUGAAGUUAUGGCUUCCGAUCCUCAGAGCAAGAUAUUCCUCAUGAACAUUUUGACGAGAUCAAAGUCAUCAUUAGGUGAACUACGGCGCGAAUGCGACGUGAAGCGGCGAGAAGUCGAAGGCGCUAAGAAGGUCCGACAAGCGAUACGAGAGGGCAAGGACAAGCGGGAUGAGGUCGAAGUUGUGCGAGCACAAUUUCACAAUCAAGAGAUUCUACACGACGCAGAAAGGAGAAGAGUCACUGCAGAGGUGGAAGUUAGCACCAUCACCUUGGCGGUUGGUGAUAUCUCGAUUGGGGCCCGGAAUCACACAUUCAAGAAUCAAACUUACAAAAUACCUACGAGUUGCGAUUUUUGCGGAGACAGACUUUGGGGCUUGAAUGCGAAAGGAUUGAGCUGCGAGGAAUGCGGUUUCACAUGUCACACGAAAUGCGAGCUGAAGGUCCCUGCGGACUGCCCUGGAGAGCUUAACAAGGAGCAGAAGAAAGCCAAAAAGGCAGAGCGUCAGGCUGCUGCUCAAGCACAAGCAGCAAGCCCCCCACCGACCAGCAAUGGAACGAACGACUCCUCAGCGCCAGGCUUGACCAGGAGUGAUACAAUAGGCUCCAUGAACACAUUGAGCUCUGGUUAUGCUGCCAGUGCGAACCGCAGCGUGUCUGGCAUGACCGCCAAAUCGGUAGAUGAGAACGGCACUGCAGCGCCUCGGUCGACGGCAAAGACUACGUCUGCUCCUGCCGGACAUCGCGUAAUGGCGCCACCGCCUACAGCAUACGUCAAGAGCAACGGCUCCGACGCUGCCCCUGAAGAGCAGAAAGGCAAGAUGCUUUACCCCUACCAAGCCAACGGAGAGGGCGAGGUCACCGUCUCAGACGGCCAGGAAUUUACGGUUGUCGAACCAGAUGACGGAUCUGGUUGGAUCAAGAUCAAACCAUCUUCAUUUGGUGCUCCGGCGGGCCUGGUGCCUGCUAGUUAUACUGAACUCAGCGCUCCCGCACCUCCUUCCAAAUCUCCGACCGAUGAUCGGCCUGUAUCGAUGGCGGCGAGCGCUUCCACCACCAGUCUCGCGGGGUCUGAUAGUGGGACGGGCACGGUGAAGAAGAAGGGGCCUGCGGUCGCUCCAAGACGUGGCGCGAAGAAGGUGAAGCAUGUGGAGGCGAUGUAUACCUACAAAGCUUCGGGGCCUGGGGAGGUGGAUAUGGAGGAGGGAGAGAAGAUGGUGCUGGUCACGCCCGAUCAAGGCGACGGGUGGUGUGAGGUUGAAAGUCGUGCUGGGAAGGGAGUUGUUCCCGCUAGUUGGGUGCAGGAUGUGUAG